CAUAAUAUAAUUAAAAAUUUGUAUUAAAGAGAAAAAUGCUAUAGGUUAUUGUUAGAUAUAAGCAAUAUAUAUUAUUGUGAAAUAUAUAUUUUGAUAAAUAAAUUUCAUUAAAUAUUAAACAAUAAACUUUAUCAUGCAAACUAUUUACUUAUUCAACAUAGUUUUAUUAGUAACAACCAGUGUUCAUAAAUCAUCAUCAUCACAAUGCUCUAAUCUAGCACCGGGAGUUAACAGAUUACGUCGAGGCAUUGACAUAACUAAGCUAUCGUUUUUGCCAUCGGACAACACCAACGACGGCAAUGGCUUCAAACGAUCGGUAAUUGAUUUUACCUGUUUGUCCAACAAAUUGUGGUCCAAAACUGAUGGCCAAGUCUACCAAACGCCGGAUCAAAUUGAAAUAAUCGAUUCAUUGCCCGGCGGUCUACAGCACCCAGUGGCCAAUUUUUCGAAAUAUACUGGUCAAAUCUAUAGUCAUUUUUUAACUCACGAAGCUGAUCUAUUGCCGUAUUGGGAACUGUCUUUAAGUAAAUCUAUGACUAGUUUUGUCGACAAAUUUUUGCCGAUUAGCUAUGAGGCCAAUCCCAGCGCUUUUCACGAAUGUAUUGAACAAUUCGGUACACAUUUUCUAGUCAAAGCCUACUUUGGGGGUGUAUUUAAAAUUAAUUAUUUUUUUGCUAAUGAAUUACGCAAUAAACUAUCAGAUAAUGAAAUAUUAAAAAAUGCCCAUGAUACAUUUUUUAAUUCAUUAAAACUAAUUGGCGGAACCACUGGUAGUCAAGUAGAGAUUAGCAAAGAAUUUCGUCAAUACUCUGAAUCAGUGGAACUAUAUUACGGCGGUUCGACAAAUCUUGUUAGUCCCGGCCAAUGGCUUCAAUGGUCGCAAACAGUACCGAACAAUCCCUGGUUGUUUAGCGGUAAACUCGAACCGAUUACCAAUUUGAUGCCAAUGGGACCCAAACGCGAUGGACUAAUAAAAGCGAUUGGCAUUUAUCUGGACCGGACCUAUUUGAAUGACUUGUCCAGAUUGGCUCAUAAUUAUCUAUUACAGGGUAAUCGUGGUUCGGAAAAACUUAAACAAUAUAUCAAUCAAAUCGAUACAAUGGCGAAACAGGCGAUACCCGAUCAUAACAGUUUGAUUAAUCUUGGCAAUGAAUUGAUGUCGUAUAUAACAAUUCCCGAUUGGUUUUAUCGUACAAAACUGUGCUAUGAAUGGUAUGCCGAUGGUAGUGAUGUCGAUCAAUGUAGUGGCCCAUCAAAAAGUCUAUGUGCCCAGGUCAAUUCAAAGACACAGUGGUAUAGAGAUGAUACUGAUAUAAGAGAUGGUGGUUGUCGUAUGAAAUGGGGUCUGACUGCCGAUACAGGAGCACCCGAUUGGUUCAAUGAGCUUCAGAUAUGCUUUCGAUGGCAUCCCGACGGCGACAGUGGUCAGUGUGGUGGCGGAGCCCCGGCUGAAACUUGUGCACCAAUCGGUAAUUUUACUGAUGUCUAUAGAGAUGACACUGAUAUACGUCCGGGUGGUUGUCAAAUGUCAUGGCGUUUGCUACUACCGAACGACUCGCCCGGUUGGCUAUUAAACACUAGAUUGUGUUUUGAUUGGUUUCCCGACGGCGACAUUGGCCAAUGUAGCGCACCGUCACGUAAUCUCUGUGCCAUUGCCAAUGAAUGGACCGAUUAUUAUAGAGAUGACACCGAUAGACGACCGGGUGGUUGUCAGAUGUCGUGGAGUAUUCAAGUUUAGCAUAUUUUUAAUAUUAAUAGAUUAUUAAAUAAAUUCAUUAGUAUAUUAUGAGGUUAGGAAGU